AUGUUUGCAUCGAUAUACAAAUGCCCAAGGGUACUCCGGCCUGGCAGUGUCUAUUAUACAAGAGUUUCUGCGAGACUCUUUAAUGCUUCAACGAGAUCAUUGAUUGAUUUCGAUCCUUACAAAACUCUCGGAGUCGACAAGAGCGCCAGUGCUUCUGAUAUUAAGAAAGCAUACUAUCAGCUUGUAAAAAAGUACCACCCAGACGUCAACAAAGAGAAGGAUGCAGAGAAGAGAUUCCAUAAGAUCCAAGAAUCAUAUGAGUUGUUGAACGACAAGGAGAAGAGAGCCCAAUAUGAUCAGUUUGGUGCCGCUGGAUUUGAUUCAAACGGUAAUGCCAAUCCUUUCGGUGGAGGUAAUCCUUUUGGAGGACAUUCAGGAAAUCCUUUUGGAGGUGCACAGGGUAACCCAUUCUCAGGAAUGGGAUUUGAUUUCGAAGAUUUGUUCAAACAGGCUUUCAACGGUGGCGGAGGCAACGGAAGGGGUGGAAGAGGACAGGGUUCUUUUGUAACUGAACACGUUGGUGACAACAUUGAAGUGUUGAAGACGAUUUCUUUCAAGGAAGCUAUUUUUGGUACUAGUGUUGAUGUGAACUAUAAAGCGGUAGAUACUUGUCACACAUGUUCGGGAUCUGGGUUAAAACAAGGCAAAAAGAAAUCCACUUGUCCUUCCUGCCAUGGAACUGGCCAAAGUACACAUAUUAUUGGUGGUUUCCAUAUGGCCUCCACAUGUAACACCUGUCAUGGAUCCGGUGUGACAAUCAACAAAGCUGACCAAUGUAACACCUGUCAUGGAAAUGGAGUUGAAGAGGCACCCAAAUCUAACAAAAUUGAUUUGCCAUGCGGAAUUGCGGAUGGAACUAGAUUGAGAGUUCCCGGAGGAGGUGAUGCGCCAUUUGUCACAAAAGAUCCCUACAACCAGACUAGAAAUGGUGAUUUGAUCGUCAGAGUCCACGUCAAGAAAGACCCGCUUUUCGAGCGUUCCAAGAACAACAUCAUCUUGAAGCAAGACAUCCCAAUGACCACUGCUGCUUUGGGUGGUGAAAUCGUCGUGCCUACUAUCGAUGGCCAGAAUAUCAAACUCAAGGUGAGACCUGGUGUACAGACAGGAAGAAAAUUAACCAUCCCAGAGAAAGGUGUGCCAAUCAACAGAAAUAUGAAUAAUAGAGGCGACAUGGACAUUAUUUUGAACGUGAAGACAUUGGUUCCUGAAACGCCAGUGCAGACUGCGCUAUUGGAAGCUUUGGCAGACGCCUUCAACGACAAAAAUGCCAAACGGACGCACGCAGACUGGAAACUAGAUAUGGAAGAAGAUGGCUCUACUGAGACUAUUGACGAGAAAGAUUUACAUCCAUCCAAGUUGCACCGAAUUGGAAAAAUGCUUGGUAAAUUCUUCAAUUUCAAGGAUGAACCAAAGAAGUAA